CAGGCGCGCGGUGCUACGCCAGCGCUGUUUAUGAAUCCAGUCUGUUGGUAGACUACUGAAAGACCCUGGUUAGUUUACUCUGUUCAAGGAUACUGAAGUUACUUCCUUAUUUGACGUACAGUAAGUGCGGAAUGUAAUAAAAAAUCUUGGCGUGCACGGCUUGUUUUCUAAAUGGAUGGAUAUAGUAAAGGAGACACAUGAUAAGCAGGAAAUACUACUUCCUCAGUGACUGUUUCCAUUUAUUUUAAAAGAAAAUAUGCAAACCUGUUACAACACCGGCUGCUGCAGUUCCACCAGAGGAAGCCUGGAAUCAGUCCGUUUAGUGUACAUCUUGUAAGACUCUGUAGUUAUCCUCUCCGCUUCCAUGAUGAAGAUCGCAGUGCUGGACUUGGGCACUAUAUUUGCUAAAAUCUUUAAAUCGUCUAUACCGCCCCAAAUUCCUGCCGCACCGUCACCUUCCGUUGGCUGCCAAGAUGAACCUGCUGCGCUCACUUUGCCUUCAGUUCACAAGACUAUGCCUCUCAUAUCUUCAUCCUUCAAGAACGGCAGCUCAGUUCCUAACAGCCCACGAACAGUCAAGAGCAACGCCAGUCCCCUUGCCUUGGUUACAGGUUUGAAAUUCUCAGAGCCAACCGUUAAUCGGAUAUUGGUCCGUCCAGCUCCAAGCUCAUGCCUUGUCACCUUAAACACGAUCAAAUCGAACCCUCCGUGUCCAACGGCCGCUAUCCAGAGCGGCGGGCGAGCCUUACUUGGCAUACCUGAGAACUUCAGAAGGAGCGCGUUGGGCAAGACUGAAGCGAGUGGUAUGGAGUCCCGGCAUCCGGGCAGAAAGAGCUUGUCAAAAGGUUCUGAUCACCAGUUUAUUCAAAGCCAAGCCAACUCCCUUCCUCUUCACUUUACAUCACAUGUUGUUGGAGCCAUUCAAAAUUACCAAAGAAAAGAUUCAAUACCCUCGGACACAUCCAGUGGGCAGACUACACUUACAGAUCUCAACAAUUCUUGGUCUGAAAUUCACAGUUAUGCAACUUGUUUAUCAACAGAAAGAAGCUCAGUUUACUCUUGGAGAGAUGAUGAAUUUGACAAAGUUAACACCCAGAAAAUCCGCCAGUUAUUUUGGGACGUUGAUGAGAUGUUAUUUGAAAGUAAAGUGAGUUCCAGAACGCAAGGCUUGCAAACAGAAUGUAAGGAAUGGACCACACGGUCACCCCACCUCAGGAUUUUGGGUACCCAGCUAAUGCUACCAAAAGAUGAUGGUUUUCAGCACUUUCACAGAAGAAACACAUCUGAAGAGACAUCCUCUCAAAGAUGCCUUGAUAAUGUUUCUGAUAUAAAAGAAAUGUUUCUCUCUGGCCAAAGACUGGAACCAUCUUUAUCUCCUGUCCACAGUGCACUGAUCUCUCCCAAAAGCUUAUUUUCAUCAGACACAUCAGUUUAUUCUUUCUUGGAAGAAGAGAUUUUUGAAUCAGAUGGAAAAAUUGAGGAAUAUUUUGCUUUUGAUUGUAAAGAGAUCGAGGAUGAGGUGCAUGAACUCAGAAGAAUCCCUAAGAGGAAUAAGUGUGGAGUUCCGCCUGUUUCACCACAUGCUUGUAUCAAAGAUGCCGUAACUGCUGAGGUCUUUGAUGAUGUAUGGAGGGAAACAGUUGAGAUUCUAGAAGAACUCAUAAGGAAACACUGGGAAAGCGACUUGCCAGAUGAGGAUUCACAUAUGAUAAAUGUGGAUAACUCCAAUGAUAAAAUGUUACUCAUGCCUCCAUCCCAAACUGCAGUGGAUGAUUUUACAGUAUCACCUUCAAGAAGCUCAGAUGCAAGAAUAAUGUCUUGGUCUAAUUUGCUGCCUCAUCGGGCCUCUAGAAUACAAAGUGCUUUCAACAGUAAUUUAAAUGGAGUUAUGACAAUUCAAGCCAAACCACUGCAGCACAGAUAUUCUGGGUUACUGGAAAAGACUCAAUCUGAAAUAGAAGACAAGGCAACCAGUAAUUUCAACUCUUCUUGCAAUCGAAUAAGUCAACUCAACAACAGUAUUCUUUCCUCAUCAAAGAUGCCAAACACAAUUUUCCGCAAACCUCCUUCUCAGCGGAAACUUCCAGCACUCAACUCUGAUGCCUUGCGAUUAAAGACAGUCAGUGAUGAAGUUCUGAGAGGAAUUAAAAUAAACACUGGUACUGAUUGCUUAUCAUCAUCAUCAUCAUCCGCAAUGCAAAGCAUGCAGAAAAAGCAGCUACCAACAAUCCAUUCAGAAACAUUGGAACAGAGAAUUUUAAUACCAGGAUCACGUCACUUACAAUGCAAAGGAAAAACGUUACACAACAGAGUAUUAAGUGCUGUUCCUGAAAGCACCAGCCAUCGACCUCUUAGGGAACGAGCUAUUGUGCUGGAUCCAUUGUCAAGGCCUAAAACAACUCAUACAUUUAGGUCGGACACUUUAUUUAAAAGAUCUUUAACACCAAUGGAUUUUGCGAGCCACACUCGAUUUGGGAAAGGAUCGUUUACAGGUGAACCUGUGGAUAUUGGAGUGACUGGAUUCAGUGUUGGAGCUCCCUGUUUGGGGUCCAGUACUGAUCCUCUGCUACACCAUCAGCGACAUAAUUUAUCCCAGUCUAUAACAAAGGAUGUUGAAGGAGAAUGUCAACCAUCAUGGGGUCCACAUAACCAGACAAGAGCCUUCAAUCGGAACUCAACAUUUUGGAAAAAGAAAUACCAGAUGGUUUCCUCGUGAUAUUUUUUUCAAUGACUGAAAUUGGUACAGUCUAUAAAAUAUUACAGUUUAAAUGUAAGAAAGACAAAAACAAAGACAAGAAAAGACAAGAAAAUAAAAUACUUACAUUGAUUAUAAUGUUAAAUUAAUUUGCAUUUAAGUCAUGAUGAAUACAAAAUUGUUUAUUUACUGGAAAAAGCAAGUUCAUAAAAGGAUGAAUGAAAUAGUUAUAAAUAUAUAUUAUUUUACACAUAUAUACUACUGGUCAAAAAUUUGGAAUCACCGAAUUUUUCAUAUUUUGGACAGUUACAUUUUUUAUCAACAUAUCAUUAAAUUAAUUUAGACCUACAGCCAAGGCAUUACUAGUGUUGCUAAUGGCUAUUAUCCUUGAAAUUAGUGAUUUUUAAUUUAUUAUUCACAUAUGACUGUAAAGUUCAGUUUCCUUAUAGUAAACUCCCUUACCUUAUCCCUAAUUAGUAAUUAUAAAUGAUAACUAGUUAUUUAAUAAACCUUUGUAAUUAUAUUAGCACCUCCGAAACCUGUUAUUCUGUUCGUUUGCUUAGCAAGGCAUUGGCAUUCCUAAAGUUCAGUUCUGGCUUCGGAAAUGGCCAAACAACUUUCUCAAGAAAUAUGUCAGUCUAUCAGGUAUUUUUUUUCUUUCUCAGAAGGUUAUUCCAGUGGCAGAUUGCCAAAAAACUGAAGGUUUCAUACAAAGGGUGCCUGUUACUACCUUGGCAGAAGAAAGCAAACUGUAUCUAAACAGGACAGAAAAAUAUGAAAAAUGCCCAAAUGUACAACUGCAUAACAGGAUAAGUAAAUGAAAGCCUGCAGUUUGAGAAACAAAUGUCUUAAUUGGCUCCUCCCUUAAAUACAUAACAAAUACCAGUGCCGUUUGCAACAAAGAAAGAUGACUCUAGGAUGUUCUAAGAAUAGUUUAACUAAAGAUGCUAUAGGAGAAAUUUUGAUAAAUACAGAUAUAAUUUGCAUACAUGUCAAAAUGAAUACAGUACUGUGUUUCCAAAUGUCAACUCCUAAUGGUUAAAUGCAAAGGAGUGCAGAAUUAACUCUAGAAUGACAAGAAUAAGAUUCUGACAUCUUCUCAUUCUUCAGUCACUCCAAAAUGAGCUAUAGAGUUUGCAUUGUUUAAUUCUAAUCUUGCCUCUGUAAUUAAUAAAUAAAUGUAGUCAUGUGAAAAAGUAAGCACCACAUGAAAUGUUUAUGCUUUUUUCACAUAUAUUAUAGGAUAUAUCAAGAUUUGAUCUUCAUUUAAACAGCAUCUAUAGAAUAAGGUGAUAUAACAAACAACAUGCCACAUUUACAUUUUGUAAUCCAUUGUAAAAGUUAAAUAAACAUAAAUGCAAAUUCCACAUGUUGAGAAAGUACACCCCAACAAUUAUCACUACCUCAGAUAUCUAAAAUUAAAACCCAAAACACCAGAUUAGGUGUAAAUGAUUAGAACAUCAUUAGAGAGAAUCUUGGAGGAACCUGUCUAAUUUAAACCUGAGACAUUUAGUUUAGUUUGCUCUUUGUUACUGAAGUGUGUGUUAUCACCAUGAUUGAAAGAGAUCUCUAGGGCCUUCAGAAAGAAGGUUACAAAGCCCUAUGGGUCUGCGUAGGUAUUUUAAAAGUUCUCCAAACAACUGGAAAUCAGCCUUUCCACUGUACAGCAAAUCAUCUAUAAGUGAAGAAGAUGUGAACAAGCUGCUGAUUCAUCCAUAUCUGGCCAUCCCAGCAAGUUCAACUCAAGAGCAGAAUGCAAGAUGCUGCAAAAUGUCCCUAACAACCCCAGAAUUUCAUCAUGGGACCUAUAGGUUAAAGUUGCCAUGGUUGAUGUCAAAGUGCAUGAGUUUACUAUUAGAAAGAAGCUACAGAAAUUAGAUCUACAUUUGCCAGCAGAAAAACUUUGCACUCCAGAAAGAAUAUCAAAACAAGACCAAAGUUUGCCCAUAAACACCUAAGCAAAGACCAGGACUUCUGAAGGAAUUUGCUAUGGACAGAUUAGGCAAAGAUAGAAUUAUUUGGCCACAUCAGAAGACAUGCUUGACAGAAACCAAAGACAGCAUUUGACCAAAGGAACCUAAAACCAAUUGUAAAGCCAAGUGGUGGAAAUGUUAUUGUUUGAGCUGGGUAGCUCACCAAUACAGAAUCAACUAUGAAUUCUUCAUUGUGUCAGAAGGUGCUUGAGGAUAGUGAGACAACCUAUCAGAAGACUGAAGCUCAACCAAAACUGAAUUUUGAAGCAUGACAAUGGCCACAAACAUACCAGUAAAUCCACCAAGGAAUGGAUUGAAAGAAAGAAAUGGAGGAUUUUGGAAUGGCCGAAUGAUCUGAAUCUCAUUUAGAUGGUGUGGGUGGAUGUGAAGCAAGCUGUGCAUGCAAGAUGCUCCUCAAACAUUACACAGCUUAAAGAAUUCUGCAUGGAAUAAUAUGGGAAAAACUCUCUUUAAGUUGAUGUUAGAGACUGUUAAGACAGUUGAAGGAAAUGCCCACUGCCAAUGAGGGCAAUACCAGCCAAGGGUUCACUUUCUAUACUUUUACACAGUUGGAAAAAGAAUGUCAGUUCAUUUUGUGUUGAAUUCUUCAAAGUCAUAUUUUCUUUUUUUUUUAAUCAUAUCACUUUUAUCAAAAAGUACUGAUUAAACAAAUAUCAAAUGUUGAUAUGCCCACAUAUUUAAAAAAAAAAAAAAACACUUCAUGGGGUGCACUUUCUUUUUUACA